AUCAACAACAAUUCACUCAAGCACGCCCAUCUCCGUCUCUUCUGCUCCACCGCUCCCCCCUACUACCAUACCACAAUGAAGUUCACCACCCUCGUCCUCACCGCCGCCUCCCUCCUCACCUCUUCUUUCACCUCAGCCGGAGCAACAGUCCCCUCGUUCCGCCUCAAACCCACGCCCAACACAUCCUGGAACAUCCAACUAUCCUCUGUCCCAACCCUCUCCUCCGCCACAACUUCUCCCAAACCCGCUAUCUAUGAUGUGGACCUCAUCGACACCCCUGCUUCACUCAUCUCCUCCCUGCAUGCAGCCAACAUAUCGGUGAUCUGCUACUUCUCCGCGGGGUCAUAUGAGAACUGGCGGAGCGAUGCGUCUUCAUGGCCAAAAGCCGCACUGGGAAAGGACAUGGAUGGCUGGGAGGGCGAGAAGUGGGUUGACGUCCGGUCCUCGGGAGUGAGAGAUGUGAUGAAGAAACGUAUCGCACUUGCCAAAAGUAAAGGAUGUGAUGGCGUUGAUCCGGAUAACAUCGACGGCUACAACAACGACUCCGGCUUCCCUCUCACUCAAAGUGACGCAAUCUCCUUCGUGACCUUUCUCUCUACCACCGCGCAUGCAGCUGGCCUCUCCUACGGCCUCAAGAAUGGCGGCGAUAUCGUUCCCCAGGUCGUUAACCUUGCUGAAUGGGUGAUCAAUGAAGAGUGCACCUUCUACAAUGAGUGCGAGUUGUACAAGCCGUUCAUCGAUGCCGGCAAGGCGGUGUUACACAUCGAGUACCCGGAUACGAAGAAGAAGCUCAGCGAGAAGCAGUUUAUCGAGUUCGCAUGCAAAGGCAAGAACCAGAGUGGUUUCUCGACGUUGGUGAAGAAAAGGAACCUCGAUGGUUGGACGAGGAGGUGUUAG